AUGUCUGCUAUCUUGAUCCCUCCCAAUGACCAGCUCGAGGCGAUGACGAAGAGCGCCGGCCCGCUGCCAGAUCAAACUGGUCUUCCAUUCCCAGCCUCCGUAAAACAAGCUUCUGCGGUAUUGGGCGGAGUAUUAACAGACGUGAUGUCAGUUUCAUUUUCAGACAAAAUCCUGGUGACGAUAUCGCAAAACGGGAAAUUAGGGCAAUGGCUACAUGUACCUCUAGAGAAUACAAACCCCGGAACUGAUGGCUCUCAUUCUCAUUCGGAUCCAAGUGAAGACGGGUUGCUUCCGCUGCCGAACCUGACUGCGACAUCUGUGCUUGGCGCCCGUGGAACCCAUAGAGAAACCAUUGGUCAGCUCUAUACGUGCCAAAUUGCCAGUUUGAUCGUAACUAAAAACCCAAUUGAAAGAAGACUUCUUGUUGUUGGGUUGGGGAUUGAAGAAUCUGAAUUGGACCGAGAUAUUUUCUUUGGUGUCAUCGAUCUUGUUCUGAAGUGCAUUUGA